CUGAAUGAGUUGAUGAAAAAAAAGGAAAUUUCAAAAUCAAAACAUUUUUUGUUGUCGUAUAUUUUUUUGAUUUUAUUAUGAAAAAUAAAAUUAUUUAUUACAAAAACAAAUGAAAAUACAUAAAAAUGAUGUCAGGUACUAAAUUGGAUGUGAUUUGGUCUCCGGUGCACCAUAACAAAUUCAUAAUAUGGGGAUCAGACAUAACCCUCUACGAAGUUUCUCGUCUUAAAGAUAUCGAUAAAAAAACAACAUUCUCUCAAAUCUCGGCCAACCGUGGAGCGACAGUGGUCGCAUCCCAGAGCGCGAGUACCGUCCGCUGUGUCGAUAUCAGUGCGAUCACGGAACAGCCUGAACCACUGGUAGCCCUCGGACAUAACAAUGGCCGUGUCACCCUCAGUACACUCAAACAAACAUAUGACCCCCUGGGACUCGUUGGCAGAGAGUUUGUACCCAGGUACCCUCGCCUGUGCAAUUCUGUGUCCUGGAGUCAUGUGGAGACAAAUAUGCUUGCUGUGGCAUUGGAGAAGUACCGCAAUGACCAUUGCAUUCUACUGUGGGAUGUGAACCGGAUCCCUGCAACACAGACUGAUAGAGUUUCAGAAGGACAAAGUUCAGAGUCUCCAAAACCAAUAGCAGAGAUGGGUCUGUCGGAGACGGCCCACAGUGUGGCGUGGACUAACAGCUCUAAUCGCACACUGCUCGCUAGCAUGAACCUUAAGUACAUUAAGAUAUUUGAUCUUAGAGACCUGUCGAACAAGGCGGUGAGCGUGGCGACGAGCCGGCACUGCUACGGCGUGGUGGCCGACCCGCACAACCCGUGGCAGCUGGCGUCGCGCGGCGAGCACGUGGUGUGCGUGUGGGACGCCCGCGCCCUCUCGCGGCCGCUGCUGGCGCUGCCGCAGCCGCGCCCCGUGCUCAAGAUGCAGUGGUGCCCCACCAGACGAAAUCUUCUGUUAUCUCUCCAACGCGACUCGAGCACCCUUCGACUGCACGAUAUACAGCAAGCAAACAAUGACUGCAAGAGCACAAACAUCGUCGAUAACGAGGCGACGGCGGUGGAGGCGGAGCUGGAGGAGUACUCGCGGGGCCCGAGCGUGAUCGAGCGCGACGUGACGCCGCUGCCGGGCGCCGCGCCGGCCGCCGCCGCCGCCGCGCCGGCCGCCGCCGCCGCCGCCGCCGCCGCCGCCGCCGCCGCCGCCGCCGGCGCCGCGCCGGCUGCGCAGCAGCUCGCCACCUUCAGCUGGCACCCCACGCACGAGGCGCGCCUGCUGGCCGUCAGCCUCACGGGCGCGGCGGCGGACUACACGGUGACGGAGCGCGUGACGGUGGCGUGGGGCGCGGGCGGCGCGGCGGGCGGCCGGCUGGUGUGGUCGGCGGCCGGCGCCGCGCUGCGCCUCAUGGCCGACGACUUCUACGGGGCGCUGCGCGACGUCUCCUACGACAUGCGGCGCCGCGCCCUCACCGACUACGGCCUCAAGCCAGAUUUAUGGCAGAACGCGGACCUCGCCGAAGACGAGGCGCUGAGCGGGCUGUGGCACUUUUUGGCGCUUAGCAAAUCGCUCGUCGAGGAUGGGUGCAUCAGGAACAGCCCGUGGAAGCACCCGGGCGUGCGGACGGUGUUCCGGGGCGGCGGCGGGGCCGAGUACCGGUCGGAGAUGGUGCCGUCGCUGCUGCCGGACCUGCCGGCGCGGCGCGUGGCCGUGUUCCGCAGCGCGGCGCGCGGCCGCGGGCUGCAGCUGUGCGGCUGGGGCUGGGGCUGGGAGAACGCGGCGGCCGGCGUGGAGCGCGCCGAGGCGGCGGGCACGCCGUGCCGCGCGGCGGCGCUGGCCGCCUUCCACCUGCGGCUGCGCGCCGCGCUCGACGUGCUGGGCCGCGCGCGCGAGCCGCAGCUGCGCGUCGUGGCGCUGGCGCUGGCCGGGCUCAGCGACGAGCGGCUGUGGCGCGAGGCGCUGGCCGCCGCCGCGCCCGCGCUGCCCGACGCCUACCUGCGCGCGCUGCUGCACUUCCUGGCCGCCUCCGCGCCCGCCUCCGCCUCCGCCUCCGCCUCCGCCGCCGCCGCCGCGCACCACGCCGCGCCGCCGCACCACCCCGACCUCGCCGCCGUGCUGAACGAGACCGAGAUGCGGCUCGAGGACCGCGUGGCGUUCGCGUGCAUAUUCCUGUCGGACGCGAAACUGAGCGAGUACUUGCAGCAGACGUGCGACGCGCUCGUCGAGCAAGGCGACCUUUCUGGGAUACUGCUUACAGGCGCGAGUCCGGAGGGCAUCGCGCUGCUGCAGCGCUGGCUGGAGAACACGGGCGACGUGCAGUCCGUCGCGCUGAUCGCCGCGCGCUGCUUCACCGCCGACAUGCUGCGCGACCACCGCGUGCAGCACUGGCUCGACAGCUACCGGUGCCUGCUGGACAGCUGGAAGCUGUGGUGGGCGCGGUGCGCGCUGGACACGUGGGUGAGCGGCGCGCUGUCGGCGGCGGGCGGCGCGGCCGGCGCGGCCGGCGUGGGCGGCGCGGGCGGCGCGGCGGCGGCGGCGGCGGGCGGCGCGUGCGUGGCGUGCUCGUACUGCGGCAAGGCGGUGGCGGCGGCGGCGGCGGCGCGGCCGCGGCAGGCGUUCGCGCGGCUGGCGCCGGCCGCCGCCAAGCUGAAGCAGCUGGCGGCGUGUCCGCACUGCCGCAAGCCGCUGCCGCGCUGCGCCGUGUGCGCGCUGCACCUGGGCGGCGCCGCGCCCGCCGCCUUCGCCGGCUGGUUCUCGUGGUGCGUGGCCUGCCGCCACGGCGGCCACGCCGCCCAUCUGCUGCACUGGUUCCAGGAGCACUCGGAGUGUCCGGUGAGCUCGUGCAGCUGCCGCUGCAGCACGCUGGACCCGCCCGACCGCUUCUAGUGUCCGCGCGUCACUACACGCACACCGCUGCACAAACACGGUACUGAACGCUUCCUGUAGUAUUUACAACAUUACACAAAACAAUAUCUAGUUAUGUAUAUCAUCAAAUGUUAUACACAUCGUAUAUUUUUUUUAUAAUAAUAGCAACUGAUGUACAUUAUAUUUCGGAUUACAAUAAAAAUUAUAACGUUUUGUUAUUUGAGAAAAACGCAGCAUCGAAAUGAACAAUAUUUUACGAUCUUACCCUUCAUUCUUGCGAUACGCGCAUUACAGCCCUCAUCGCAGGCGACGGCGCCACUUACAUCGCCACGAUAUCUGUGCAAAGUCGUAGCAUUACUGCAAAUCUGUCUACUAAACACAACUAUUUGUUUCAUAAGAUAUUUAUAGUUAGGUGGCGCCGUCUACACGUAGUGAUGAUAUUGCAAGAAUAAAAAGCGAGAUCAGAGGGCCUACCAUGAAAUGUUUUCCGAAAUUUCGGAGCCGAACGAAACACAAAUUUGAUGUUAAAAUUACAUAAUACUUACCGUUUAAAAACAUUAAAAAUAUUAAAAUAUUAUUCCUUUUGACUUUUAUGGUAGGAUUUAUGACGAACGAAAUGUUAAGCUCCAUUUACUGGGCCGAUUUAUGUAUAAACGAAAACACGAAGCUGAGUCCGAGACUUCGGAAUUACAUUUCAUGGUAGGCCCCCAGGAAGCGUAUUUAUUUCGAUUCUGUACUUUUGAUUGAACACAUAAGAAUGUAUUGUUAGUCAAUAUAUUUAAAUUUAUAAUGAGUUUGGGAUUUUUGACGAAUCGUUACGUAUCUAUUGAAUGUUCCAAUGUAAUUGUUUUCAACCAACUUAGGAGGUUGUUAAUUCAAUUGUAUUUUUUUUUUAUAUUACCUCAUAACUUCGUCAGUUAUAAACCGAUUAGGAUUUUUUUUUAAUCGUACAGAUUGAACUUGGUUAAAAAAUCGGUUAAGUGGUUUAGUUUUGAAAUCAAAAUAACAGGUUUUGCUACAAUACAUACAUACAUAUAUAUCUGUCACACCUGUCUCCCAUUAGGGUAGGCAGAAACAAUGGAACGCCAAAUGCUGCGAUUCAAACAAACCUCUUUCGCUUCUUCCACAUUCAUCAAUCUUUUCAUACACGCUCGCCGGUUACGGGUACUUUUAAUUUGGCCCUUCUUCAACACGUCGCCUAUUUGGUCAACAUACGUCCGUCUAGGGCGGCCCCUACCGUCAUCUCCAUUCAUUCUUGCUCGAUAAAUCUCUUUCGUAAUUCUUCUUUCAUCCAUCCUCUCCAAAUGACCAAACCAACGCAACAUUCCUUUUUCUAUUUUUGUCACUACAUCGUCUUUCAGUGCACACUUCUCUCUAAUCACACUGUUUCUUACUCUAUCUUUUAAUGUAAUACCACACAUACUUCUCGAAGCUCUCAUCUGUACAGCAUUUAUUUUACUUUCAUGCUUCUUCUGCCAUACCCACGAUUCGCUUCCAUAAAUGUGUUGGUGUCCUUGAAUUAUGGCAAGGCGAGCUUUGCUCGAUACAUUUUUACUUGACAUAAUCGAGAGCAGUGCACCGUUAACACUGUUUCCCGCUUUUACUCUCCUCUCAAUAUCUCUGUCACACUUCCCAUCCCUCGUAAACAAAGAACCUAAAUAUAGAAACUCACUCACUUGCUCCACUUUUUCAUCUCCUAUCAUAAUCUGGCAUGCCGUUAAACUUUCACUCCUCUCAAGAACCAUUACCUUUGCUACAAUUAAAGUCGAAUUUUGUUAUUAUAGAACGCAUUUUAACUAUUUUACCACACUCUUUCACAAAGUCCCUAUUUUGUCACCUAAAAACUUUGUUUGCGGGAAGAAAAUAGUUGCGUUCUCAAAUAUAUUUUUACUCAAAUUUAAUAUAUUUUUUUAAAUGAGGUACCUAAAUGACUAAAGUGGCCAAUAUUGUUUAACUCGCUCGAUUAGUUAUUCAUUUUGUGUUCAUUAGUGUUUAUAAUUUAAGUUUUAGGUUAACAAUAACUUUGUAUAUACAUUGUUAAGUGAACUAUUUUUAUAACUUUAGCAUGUAAGAGAUGUUUAUUUUUGUAUAAAGAUUGUCAAUUAUUACAGUUU